AUGGACAUUGAUUCAGAGCCCAUCGACUUUGUAUCCCAACUACGCAAUGAAGCCCCGGAGGAUCUCCGACCCAUGCUCGAAAAUUUCUCAGACCUGUACCAACGAAAAUUAUGGUACCAACUUACGAUCGCCAUCCAAGAGUUCUUAAACCUACCAAGUUCAUUUCCAUUUCAAAUUCGCCUAUACAACGAUUUUAUUACCGAUUUUGAAAAUAAAAUCAACUCACUGAAACUGGUGGAGAUUGCCGUGGUGAUUUCUCAGAGGUUCACAGACGCAAAUGACGCAUUAGAAUUUUUAUCCAAGUUGGCGGACAAGUUGAAACCGGUCGAGAAGAAAGAUGAGGAGCCCGCUGGAGCUAUCAAAGUUACGGGAGCCAGUGCUAAAGCCACACUUCAAACGAAUGCCGAGGCGUAUGUUCUAGCGCGAAUGUCGGCUGCUCACUUCUGUCUGUUGCUUGGAAAGACAAAAGAGACUGAGAGUGCUAUGGACGAAUGUCGGGCGAUAAUCGACAAACUCGACAGUGUUGAUACUUCCGUUCGUGCGGGCUUUUAUCGAGUCUCGGCUGAUUACUUCAAGUGGGAAGCAGCUUAUGCGUCGUAUUACAAAACCUCGCUACUCUACUUGGCAUGUCUGCCCAAUGUCAAUGCCGAUCUAGAUGUCGAAUCUCGUAUUCAACGUGCACAUGACCUAGGACUUGCUGCGCUUCUUGGCGAUACGAUAUACAACUUUGGAGAGCUAUUGCAGCAUCAAAUCCUCGAGAGUCUGACGGGCACCCCGUUCGAGUGGAUCCGAUCGCUUUUGUUCGCUUUCAAUGAAGGCAACUUGGGUAUUUUUGAAAGUCUGACUCCCCGUUUUCCGGAAGAACCAAUUCUUCAGAACUCCUAUCCAUUCUUGAGGCAGAAAAUUUGCUUGAUGGCUCUUAUCGACGCAGUAUUCCGCAGGAGUGUCACCGACCGAAUCAUGCCAUUUGGGGUGAUUGCUUCGGAAACAAAACUGCCGGUUAAUGAAGUUGAACACUUGGUCAUGAAAGCUUUGAGUUUGGGUUUGAUUAAAGGUUCAUUGGAUCAGAUUUCCGGAACGGCUAGCAUCACCUGGGUCCAACCUCGAGUACUAAAUAAACAACAGAUCGAGGCCUUGAAGAAGAAGCUGGAUGACUGGACUAAUCGUGUCAUGAAGGUUGGACAAUUUGCACACUCCAAUGGAGGCAGCGAAAUCCUUGUUCAAUAG